GUGAGCAAAACAAUGGCUUUGCGUACUGUGAUUUCUUCUCGAAUUCCAAUGGUGAUAAUAUUAGGUGCUACUGGGACAGGAAAAACUAAGCUUGGUGUGGAAUUAGCACAGAAAUUUGCCACUGAAAUAAUCAGUGCCGAUUCAAUGCAGAUAUACAAAGGAUUGGAUAUCGUGACGGCAAAAGCGAGUCCUCAAGAACGGGAGAUGGCUCCUCAUCAUCUCUUGGACAUACUGGAGCCUCACCAGUUUUUCACGGUAGUAGACUUCCGGAACAGAGCCUUAAAAAUUAUCGACAGCUUAAUCGACCAGAAGAAAAUCCCAAUAAUAGUUGGAGGCACGAUCUACUACAUUGAAUCCAUCGUCUAUCAAAUCCUGGUUGAGAGUAUGGACGACACAGAUGCACUGCUGUGGGAUAAAAGUCGUAGGAAGAGAGAUUUAGAUAAUACACCUAAUACAGCCGAAAAAAUAUCUAAGAAAACAAACGAUGGUUGUGGUGGCGAUGAUAAAAUGAAAGUGAAAGGAGAACAUCCAAAAGAAGAUGAAGAAUUUAUAAGAAUAACGCUAUCAACUGACAAUGAAGUUAAAAUUCUAGAUGCUGAAGAGGAAACUUUGAAAAGACAGCUUCAGGAAGAUGUGGAUAACGAAGCUCGGUUCACAAACACCGAAAUAAGUGAAAAACUGAGGCUCAUAGAUCCUGCGAUGGCCAACAGACUGCACCCAAAUAAUCGGAGGAAGAUUUUGAGGUCGAUAGAAGUCUGGUUGAAGACAGGACGUCGUCACAGCGAGAUCCUGGACGAACAGAAGGUGUGCGAAGGGCAGCUUCGGAAACCAGACUCCACUAUAAUAUUAUGGCUUAAAUGUGAACAGGAUGUCCACGAUAAACGUCUGGACGCUCGCGUCGACUCAAUGCUGGAUGCGGGCCUCAUUGAGGAGCUGCUGGAUUUCCACGAGAGGCAUAACAGGCAACGGAUACAGGACGGGAGCUCACCAGACUACACCAAAGGCGUUUUCCAAACUCUUGGCUUCAAAGAAUUCCACGAUUACCUGAUGAUGUCCGAAGACGAAAGGAAUUCGGAGGCGGGCAAGAAACUACUGAAGACCAGCAUUGAAAACAUGAAGAUGGCCACCCGGAGAUACGCGAGACGACAAAACAAAAUGUUUCGUCAAAGAUUUUUAGAACAUCCCAGAAGAGAGGUGCCUUUAGUUUACGAAUUGGACACUACAGAUGUAACCAAAUGGGAUGAAAACGUGAAAAACAAGGCUAUUAAAAUAAUUGAAAGUUUCAUCAAUAGCACUGAUUCUGAUGUUUUACCAAUAAAACAGCAUCUUCAAAGUGAUAAACUGCAUACAGACGGAAAUUCUUUUAAUUUUUGUGAAAUUUGUAAUCGAAUCAUAAUAGGCGAUAACGUUUAUGCUAUUCAUUUAAAAUCUGUGCGUCACAUGAAGGUUUUAAAGAAAAUGAGGUCACAAAACAAGGAACAAAAACAAGAUUAAGAAAUGCUUUAUUAUAGGAAAUUUUGUGUACAUCUAUAACUAUUGAUUUGGGUUAUUUCAUUGUUUUGUUUUACUGCUCUAGAUGGGCACUCAAAAUAAUAGCUACCAGGUGAAAGCCCAGAGACAUGGGCACGUAAGUACCAUCAGGUGGUGCUGACCUUGCUAAUUGUCAGUCAAUUUUUUUGCAUAACAGCAGGUUGCAGCCCACCAACUAUAAUGGUCUAUUGCAUAGUAAAAAUAAAUUUAAAUAUCCCAGCACUGCAGUGACAACAAUGCGUUACUUUAAACAUCAAACAAUACUUUAAAAAGAAAGAUCUAAAGUUAGGACACCUUAUUUGACCAACUUACAUUGUAUUUUGUAAUUGAAGUAUAUAUUUUGUAUGGCUGUUUUCAAAGUGAAAUAAAA